GAAGCGCGGCGGACGGUGGCGCCACGUCUGUCUGUCCCGGCACGGCCCUCCAGGUCCCCGCCAGCGCUGCAGCCCAGCGGACUGGGCCGAGGGCACCAUGGGCAGCGCGGCCCCGCGGCCCGCCUCCUUGCUGCUGCUGCUGCUCCUGCUCUGCGCCGAGCGGCCGCGGGCCGCCGAGCUCACCUUCGAGCUGCCGGACAACGCCAAGCAGUGCUUCCACGAGGAGGUGGAGCAGGGCGUGAAGUUCUCCCUGGAUUACCAGGUCAUCACUGGAGGCCACUACGAUGUUGAUUGCUAUGUGGAGGACCCACUGGGAAACAUCGUCUACCGGGAGACCAAGAAGCAGUAUGACAGCUUCACGUACCGGACCGAGGUCAAGGGCGUUUAUCAGUUUUGCUUCAGUAAUGAGUUUUCCACCUUCUCUCACAAGACCGUCUACUUUGACUUCCAAAUGGGCGACGAGCCCCCUAUUCUCCCAGACAUGGGGAAUAAGGUCACAGCUCUCACCCAGAUGGAGUCAGCAUGUGUGACCAUCCAUGAGGCUCUGAAGACGGUAAUCGACUCUCAGACACAUUACCGACUUCGAGAGGCUCAGGACCGAGCCCGAGCAGAAGAUCUGAAUAGCCGAGUCUCUUACUGGUCUGUCGGCGAGACAGUUGCCCUGUUUGUGGUCAGCUUCAGUCAGGUGCUGCUGCUGAAAAGCUUCUUCACAGAAAAACGGCCCAUCAGUAGGGCAGUGCAUUCCUAGCUAGGUGCCCUGCACCAGGACCCCCUCAUACCUCUAGGUCCUGGCUCCUGCAGGGCUGGGGGUAGGCAGGCAACCCAGGGUGGAGGCAGAGCUGCAGGGAAAGCACAGUGCGUUGUGCUGGUGUGGCAGCACCCUGCCAUUCAUGCACCGCCUGGUCCUUGCACCCCAGCAGCUAAAGCUCACCGAACCCAGUCAUCAGAAGGCAUCUGAUUGCAUUAUGUGUGGACAUUGACCAAAAAAUGUUUACAGUCACACUAGGGAUUGGCCACUGUGGGAGGACAGGUGGGCAGCUAGCUGUAGGAGGAACACCAAGUGCCUAGGCCUCUGGGGCAGUUUAGGGCUCUGCCUCUGCUCCAUGAUACCUGGGGGGUCAUUUGGCUUUUGUGUCCUCUUCCUCGUGGAAAACAAAGGAUUUCCCAGUUCUCCCUCAGGACUCUGUACCUGAGGAAACCAUGCCCACCUCAGGGAAGCAAUGGUAUCAGCCAUGUUUGCAGGCCCCGAAUAGUGAUUGGGUGCCCUUGGUUAGUUGUACAUCUCCUAGGAGGUGAACUGUGGCUAAUAAAAUCUAACU